AUGGCGGACGACCCCGAGUCGGCCUGUCCCGUCGACCACCGCGCCCGCGACGCAUGGCUCGCCCAGGCCCGCGCAGCAGCCCAAGCCCCCAGCCCGCACGGCACAACCACCGCCCACGCCGCUCCGACACGCCCCUCCUCCACGUCCUCGCGCCACGACCACAGCAACAACGGAGGGCUCGACACCGGCCGCGCCGUCUCGAGCAUCCCGCGCUUCUCCCCCGGCCCGGCCGAUACACGCGGAGCAGAAGCAGCCGCGGCGUGUCCCGUCGAGCACGGCGCCUCGGCAACCCCCCCCGCGGCAAAUCACGAGAUCGAGUCUGGCGCCGAUGCCGUUUCGGGCAACUGGGUCUACCCGUCGGAGAAGAUGUUCUUCGACGCCAUGAAGCGCAAGGGAUACGACGCCCGCGUUGCAGACAUGAAGACCGUCGUCCCCAUCCACAACGCCGUCAACGAGCGCGCGUGGAGGGAAAUUCAAGCGUGGGAGGCUCCCUACCUCGACGACUCCAAAUGCGGUGGCCCCAAACUCGAAUCCUUUGCCAACAAAAACACCCGCAUGACCCCGACGGCCCGCAUCAACACCAUCCUCGGCUACACGGCGCCCUUUGACCGCCACGACUGGGUCAUCGACCGCUGCGGCACCCGCGUCGAGUACGUCAUCGACUUUUACGCAGGCCGGCCCGGCGGCCGUCAGCCCGGCCCCAGCUUCUAUCUCGACGUCCGGCCAAAGCUCAAUACUUGGGAGGGCGUCAAGAUGCGUGCUCGGAGGUGGACCGGCAUGGCUUGA